UAGUAAAUAGUUCUACCUAGAUGGUCUUGCCCAAAAAUUGAAAUCUAGGCUAUCUAGUCAAGCGCCGGCUCGCGACGCGCGAGUCGCUGGCUCCGCCUCGAAACCGAAUCCGCUUCUCUUCCCACCGCCACCUCGAUCACAAUGAAUUCCGAGGACCAACGCCCAGUCCCUAGCCGGCGAUUGUCCUGCACCACCUGCUUCAACGCUCUUUGGUUUUGCUAUUCUCCAGUCCAUCAGAUGCAGCAGUAUUAUCGGCUAGGAGUACUUGAUAACUGUUCUGAGAAAUGGAAUGCUCUUGUUGACUGUUUAAGUCUAAAAACAAAACGGGCUUCUGUGGUUCAGGAAAUUCUGGAAACUCGUGAGAAAGCCAAGCCACAUAUCUGGACCUUCCGAACACCAGAGGAAGCAACGUCUCACUGGGAAGAACUGUUUGGGAAUUUAGAUGAAAUCGAAUGACUGGCUACAAAUUUUUUGCUUUUUUAGAUGCACAUGAUGGCGCUUUUCAUCUAUGUUGCUCUCUUUCAGCUAAGUUGCUGCCAUUCCAAAACAAAAGAACAGAUAUACAUGGAUUCAGAUUAAAUUUGAACAGGUUAAGUGAAUUAUUAUUAUUAUUAUUAUUAUUUACUAGGCAGGAUAUUUGAAUUAUUCAUGCUAUGUAUGGGUUUGCAUGAGGUAAUUUGGAAAGGAAAAUGUUUAUGAAUUGGAUUAAA